AUGGCCGAUAGUGACCUCGUCCGUGUUGAAUCGUAUCAGUACCCAGCAGGGCAUCUCGGUCAUCUCACCAGCACUCAGCAAUCGGCUCUGGAAAAGUUCAAGCAGAUAUGCCAGAAGCAAGGUUAUUACCAACCGCCAUUCACAGACGACACGAUAGAAGCCAGUCAUGAUGAUGAAACACUACUGCGAUACCUUCGCGCUCGAAAGUUCAACCCCCGGGAUGCAUUUAGGCAAUUCAAAGAGACGGAAGACUGGCGUAGAGAGAACAGACUAGAAGAACUGUACGACACCAUAGACCUCGGCGAAUAUGAGGAGACGAGGAAGCUUUACCCCCAGUGGACCGGUCGACGAGACAAACGAGGCAUCCCCGUAUACGUUUACGAGAUCGCGCACCUCAAUCCGAAGACGCUCACUGCACACGAGCAGGCGUCGCCGACAAGAGAUUCACGGAGAGCGCCGCCUAGAAUGCUGCGGCUGUUUGCGCUCUACGAGAACCUAGUGCGGUUCGUCUUGCCGCUGUGCUCUGCUAUACCAGACCGACCCCAACCUGAGACGCCGGUAUCGCUGAGCAAUAACAUCGUCGACAUAUCAGGGGUGAGCCUGAAGCAGUUUUGGAAUCUCAAGGGACACAUGCAGGAUGCUAGCCAACUGGCUACUGCGCACUAUCCAGAGACACUUGACCGUAUAUUUAUUAUUGGAGCGCCGUCAUUCUUUCCGACGGUCUGGAGUUGGAUAAAGCGCUGGUUCGAUCCAACGACUGUCUCGAAGAUCUUCAUACUCACACCGUCUAAUAUGAAAGCCACACUCGAACAAUACAUUGAUCCGGCGAAUAUCCCCAAAAAGUACGGCGGGAAGCUAGACUUCAAGUUCGGCAUGCUGCCCGUGAUCGAGCCUGCAAUUUCCCAAAGACUCAACUGGGAAGAUCCAGCCAUGCAGAACGGCCUCCCAACCUUUCCGAGCGGCCCCAUCCGCUUAGAAAGAAACAACAACGACAACGAUAUAGUCGCUGUCGCGGUGGGAUCGCAAAAGGGGAAACCUCGGCGCCAAGUCGUCGCAUCCAUCCCCGCACCGUCAUCGCGCAUCGCGAACGGCAUCACCAACGGCAGCCGCCAAUCUUUCGACGAGCGCCGACGCUUGACGCUCAUGCAAACAACCUCCGGAACCGCAACCCAGUCCAACAUCAGAGAAGACCCCAACUUCGACCAGUCGCCUGCAGGCUCUGAGUCCGGCAAUUCAACCCCGAUCCACCAGUCCCUUCCUUACCGCAACUCCACCCCCGUCUCCACACACACCAUGGACAACACUCCCUCAAACGCAAACAACGGCCAAGCCACAUACGCCGACGGCACUCGGAGCGGCACAUCCUCAGAGCGCUACGCAGCUCAGCACGGCACGCACGCCGCGGGCCAAAUGCGCGACGGCACACCCGCGACCAACGAUCACGGCUACGGCGACACAAGUCAGACAAUGGAACCAGGCACCGUCGGCCAGGCGCCCAAGGAUGUCUCAAUCCCACAGCCCGAGCAGCCGCAGACGUCGUACCUUGACCAGGCGAAAUCUUACGCGAACCAGGCGUACGAGGGCGCGGCGGGGCUGGCGGGGACGGCGCUUGCGGCGGCCGGAAUAGGCGGUGGGAAGGAGGAGGAGGAGAAGAAGGAGGAGCAGCAGCCCGAAGAGCGCAAGCCGAGGGAUCCGAGGGUGAACAAGCUGCCGGAUAAGGAUGUUGAGGAGUUUAUGCGGUCGCAGUACGUGACGAGGAAUAAUCCGGGCACGGGCGGUGCGGCGUCAUAG